UAGGGGUUAUUACGGGAGAAACGGCGGACAACAAACACAGGGCUGUCGGCACUCACAUACACGGGGGGUCACACCGACGUCCGCAUCAGUUAUUGCCCACGCCCCCAGCCCUCGGAGGCGAUCCCUAUAAAAGGUGGAACCCAAAGAGCUCGAGGCAGUUCGACACGAAGCUGACCAGUGAAGAUCCAAGACUCGGAGAUUAGGCCCUGGGACUCCCCGGUCUCGCCGUCCUUAUAAGGGCCGAGCCGGGUAAGCCAGUGGCGCGGCCCAAGAGCUUCCAGACCGCUGCCCUUAUCAGGGCAAGGCUGGUUAGCUGGUGCCGAGAUCUGUGCUUGCCAGGGCCAGAUCAGUCAGCCUCCCGUAGCCCAGUAGAGGAGGACUGGGGGACAGGACAGAGGGCUUAGUACUAGGGUGGGUUUCCCAUAGUACGGGUGAAGGGGCCGAUACCCCUUCAACUAUUGUAUCUGUCCCGGAGUUAAUAAACAGUGUGUCUCAACUUCCUCAUCGUCUCCUCAUCAACUUACUACAUCUGGUGUUGGAAGUGGGCCAAGCAUGGAUACGAGACGGAAGACUCGUGCCCAAGACCCAGGAGAGGAUGACGACGAGGGAGGGGCAGUGCAAGACAUCGCCGCCGACGUACCUGCACAACUGCUGCCGGCUCCGACAUCGGCGGGGCCGUCGGAGAGGGCCGGGACGUCGACUGACGAGUUGGCGUUGGCUCACUCGCGGCUGGCGGAGCUCUUGUAUGCAGCGGCCGCUAUGCUGGAACAAAUAACUCGCCUGGGGCCGGGAGGAGCGACGCGGCGGGAAGAUGGACAACGCCCGCCAGAAACUCCCGCCUUUACAACAGCGGGGCGACUCGAAAAUCCCGCCACGAAGACAGUAGGGGCGGAGGGAGGAGUCCCAGCUCGUCACGCGGGAGACGGUGCCCAGCCAGCAGCCGCCACGUCAUCGGCGGAGGCGGGUCGCGGUGGCAGCCUAUCAGGGGUUGAAACGUCACCACCAGCUGACGCCAGCACCGACCAUACAGUACGGGGACGCGCUACGGAUGCUGCAAGAGACGCUCCAAGAGGAUCGGAGACGGAGCCGACAUUCCAGCAACGCCUGCCGGCCCUGCAGGUAUUUGUUGCAAGCGACGGCGAUUGGGGGGGGUUCCAGCGCCGGUUCUUGGCCCACCAAGAGAUGGCAGGCUGGUCGGACAACGAGGCGCUGUGUGCUCUCCCGGCGUUAUUGGACGGCGACGCCCUGGGCACCCUCACUGCUGCACCCAAGUCGGCACGCUCCACCAUUCAGUCGGCGCUGCAGCUGCUGGCCACCGUUUAUGGGCCGCCCUCCGAUUGUCGCCAGCUCUUCUAUGAACGGCAGAAGGGUGAUAAGGAAUCGCCACUCGCUUAUCGCACGGCCCUGCUGUCAUUGGCGAAAGACGCUUUCCCGCGUAUGGAUGAAGAGGGGAUCGAUGCGAUGGUGGCCGAGAAAAUUUUGCUGCUGGCUGACGAUCUGGACUUCACCAUCUUAGCGCAGGAUGAUGCGGAUAUGUCAUCACUGCGGGCUGCAAGGCACAUUCACGCCAAUCUCAUCUCCCAGCGGAGGAAGGCGAACAAAGCUGCUGCACGACACACCGUGGCGGCAACCUCUUCUGGAAUGGAGGGAGCCUUCGCUGCGGAUCGUUCUGCAGGAUGGCGAUCUGCCGAGCGACCGGCUCGGGACGUUCCAAGCCACCGAGACCAGCCCAAGUCCUCUGGAACGCUCGUCGUCUGCUAUAAUUGUGGCCUCCGGGGCCACGUGGCGUCCGGAUGCCGGGCUCCUCGACAGCGCGGUGCGAGACCUGGAGCUGCGGACGGCCCUCCUCACAAGCCUUCGCAACAUCCUCGGGAGCCCCAGGACUGAAGCCCUCUGGGCUGCCAGCCUCCCCCGUGGGGGGCGGCGCUGGCACGUCCGGGAAACCGGACGACCAGGCACCUGCUGAUGCGACACCUGCCACUGACUCUACCAAGCCGGCCCCUUGUGACGGGCCCGCUGCACGGACUCGCGCCAAAACGCGCCGGUUGUUAUGAUUAGCUUUCCGCGCGUGUUCCGUUGCUGCGGAACCCGCUCAUUGUAUAUAUGUUUUUUUAAUGGUUGUAUGUGUGUGUAAUAACGAUGACCACGCUAUCUGCUUGUUGCUUGCUGUCCAUGUAAGUGUGUGCGUGUGUUGGGAAUGGACGGAGAGUCUGCUGUGGUUGCUGAGUUUCAAAGGGAGUGUGUGCGCUGCUGCGUGGAGUUGUUAUCUUGAUGGUAAAGUUAAUUAUUAACGUGGGAGCGUCGGGUAUCCUGUGCUGUACCAUCUCGUGGGUCACCGUGCGCGAUGGGCUUAAUUGAAAAAAAAAAAUGUUUUUUUUGGGCUGUAUUAUGCUGCGAGGUGCUGUGUGCGAUGCGGUCGUUGCAUGAGAGGGAAUAACUGUGUUGUGGUUGAAAAGUUACGACGGGAUUGAUGGUGUGUUGGUCGCCUGCAGAUUUGCUUGCUAUUGUGCUUCAAUGUACGCGUGUGAUCGCGAUAUGCUGAUUGCAUGUGCUGUUAUACCGUUCUGUAUAUGUGUUGCGGUUCCGGGUGGGGGUUUUUUUUUUUUUUUAGGGAACCAUCGGUUGAUGUUACGCUUGUUCUUGUUAUUGUUACUGUUACGAGGCACACGUGUAUUGACGGUGUUAAUCUUUAUUCUUGGGGGUUGAGGGAUUGUUGCAGCCGGGACGGCUGCGAGCUGUACAGGGGGGGGUGAUGUAGGGGUUAUUACGGGAGAAACGGCGGACAACAAACACAGGGCUGUCGGCACUCACAUACACGGGGGGUCACACCGACGUCCGCAUCAGUUAUUGCCCACGCCCCCAGCCCUCGGAGGCGAUCCCUAUAAAAGGUGGAACCCAAAGAGCUCGAGGCAGUUCGACACGAAGCUGACCAGUGAAGAUCCAAGACUCGGAGAUUAGGCCCUGGGACUCCCCGGUCUCGCCGUCCUUAUAAGGGCCGAGCCGGGUAAGCCAGUGGCGCGGCCCAAGAGCUUCCAGACCGCUGCCCUUAUCAGGGCAAGGCUGGUUAGCUGGUGCCGAGAUCUGUGCUUGCCAGGGCCAGAUCAGUCAGCCUCCCGUAGCCCAGUAGAGGAGGACUGGGGGACAGGACAGAGGGCUUAGUACUAGGGUGGGUUUCCCAUAGUACGGGUGAAGGGGCCGAUACCCCUUCAACUAUUGUAUCUGUCCCGGAGUUAAUAAACAGUGUGUCUCAACUUCCUCAUCGUCUCCUCAUCAACUUACUACACUUGCAACUGCAGUGGACUGCCUGCAACACACUUUCAGGGGCAGGAUUUCUAGUCAUCCAGGUCACUAUUAACUCACCAUCCUCGAGGUGCCAUCCAUUACCAACGGGUGAAGGGGCACACAUUAUACCUUUUCAGAGAAUGUCUCAUUAUGGCUGCUUGGUAGUUUGCCCUUUUGCAGUGUUGGUACAGGGCGUCACUUGUAAGGGGCAUGGAUAGUUCUGGAAAAGCUGACGAUGCCAGCACUGCCUAAAGGAUAUGACACAGUUCCCAAGGAGUAAGACAGAAUUUCCUGCAGGUCAAUUUUUCUACUUUGACCUAUGACGAGUAAU